CUUGCCUGCGGUCUCUUUAUCAAGCAAUGGGUUUGUUCUGCAUCUAGUAUAAAGUCAGUGAGUGAGGGUUUCACACACACACGUCCUGCACACAUGCAGCAUGCUCAGAAUGACACGGACAAGUACAGUAUUGAGUAUUCUCAUCUUGUUUCUUCAUACCACUUUUGGGGAAAGUGGUUACACCUCAGCAGAUGGUGAUGGGACCUUCGGAGAUGACGAACCUGAUAAUUUUGACAUUGACUGUUUCAGCCAGCUGGAAUUUAAGGAUUCCUAUAGCAGCUUGACCUGCAAUUUCACAGAGCUGCCUCCUCACAACACUAACUAUACCCUGGCCGUGUGUACCAAGGAAGACAGCAGUUACCUGUGUUUCAAUAUGGAGAAACAGGAAGAUGUUUAUUUUUUACAAUUCACCGACAUACUCUCAAAUAAAGACAUUUGUGUGGAAUAUGAAAUAAAGAGAAGGGCCUGCAGGAGUCUGAUUGUAACUGACAUUGUCAAGCCUGAGGUACCUUUUGACAUAAACAUAACGUACCAAAAGGAGGCAAAUGAAUAUCUCAUUCAUUAUAGUACACCACACUCACGGAAGAAAUAUUUAAAGGACAAAUUAAUACACCAGAUAGCCUACCGGCAGGAAGAAAGCAGUUGGAAGACCAUAGAAUCGCCAUACCUUCAGAUAAAGUUACUCGGAAAAAACCUCGAAACAGACGCAUUGUAUGAGGUGAAAGUACGUUCUCAGCCCAACGGAGAUUACUUUAAGGGCGUGUGGAGCGAGUGGAGCACUUCGAAGAGCUUCAGGACCACAGGAGAGCACUCCACAGAGAGCUAUAGCAGCAUGUUCAUGAUUAUACUCUCCGUCCCAGGAUUCAUUCUGUCAGUUGUCAUGAUUGUUCUGAUCCUAACGUUUUGGGAAAGCAGGAUCAAGCCUGUUGUGUGGCCAAACCUUCCUGAUCAUAAAAUAACUCUGGAGCGACUGUGUAAGAAGCCAAAAAAUAAUUUUGAUAUAAGCUUUAACCCAGAGAGUUUUGGUUAUGUUUUUAUCCAUGAAGUGGAUGGCAUUCAAGCGAAAGCCGAACAGGAAAAUUUUCUGCAGCCACCAUCUAAUCCAGAGACAGAUAUUCCACCAAAGUUUAGGGGUGGGUCAGAGCUGAAGCGAAGCCCUGCAAGGACUGACAAAAGCAGCCCGAACCUGUCUAUGAAUUAUGGAGGUAUCUGGUCUGCAGAGGCUCUUCAUGGACUCCUUGGUAGCAGGCAGUCUACAGACACCGCUGACAUCUGCAGCUCUGGCAUGUAUGAGGUGUGCCACAGCAGCAGGGUGCCGCUGUGUGAUAAUGGCUUUCACUUUCCUUCCGCUCCUCCCUUGGAUCCUCCAGGACAACCUGGACCACAGCCCCAGAAUGGCAACAUGGUGCCACCUAACAGUGAGUUGAAGUCACCAAGCGAUGAAGAAGCCUAUGUCACCAUGUCUAGCUUUUACAAAAAUCAGUAGGCCUUACAGAUAUCACAAAACACUGCCUUUUCCCUACAACAAGCAGGAUACUGAAGCCCUUUGUUUUGUUCUCCUGCGUUCUGUCUCAUCUAGUCCCCGUCUCCAUCACAACCUACUCACAGUGCAAUGCUAUAUGAAGAUGUGUGGGCUCUUCUGCCUUUCAGUGAGUGGCCCAAAUUCUGCCCUCUGUGUCCCAGCAGCAAUUUCCACUGCAGAAGAAAUGAAAUUUAAUUUAAACUGACUUCAGAUCUGAUUAAUCCAGUGCAAUGACACUGCACUCCUAGACAAGGAUAACAGCAUGUCUAAGAGAGGUGAAGCCUUCUGUUAAGCUCUUAUUAAUGCCUAAACAAGAAAUAUGGCAACAAGUUCAAGUGAAACUGAAUCUGAUCUUUCUCGCACUAGACCAAGAGUAACUCCUCUGCAGUUGGUGGAAGUCCACAAAUUGUAAAGCUUAUGGACAGUGACAGUAAUGAGAGUUGCUGUCAAGCAUUAGUCACCUGGGGAUUCAGAAGAUUGAUCACUGCAAAGGUAGUUGACAGAGCUCCCAGGAAAAAACACAUGGAAUCACUUUUGGAAGAUGUCUUCUCAGACUGAUUUUUUGAAGGAUGAAAACAGCACAAAACCCAGUAUACCACUGUCUUUGCUAUUUGUAUACACAUACCCCACAGCUAAAAUCAGGAUCCAUACAUGUAUUAAAGACCUUCAGUAUCUCCUGUUGUGUAUUUGCAGUUUUUAGCUAAGAAAACAAAACAAAAUCAAUGAAAAGCAAAGUCCUAGUUCUUCCUGUAACUGAACUGGGGCUAUAAAAUGCAUGUUGCUUUCUUUUUCUGCAGCUCUUGUGCAAGCAUUAGUGCAGCAUGCAAGUACUUUCCAGGACAGAACAGAUGUUCAGGCAAUGUUUGCUCACUAGAAUUAUCACGAGUGGCUGUGUCUGCAUAAGAAUACUUUCAAUUGGGCCAGGUACUUUUUUUAUGUGGCUUCUGGCUUAGGAAUAUGAAUGGAACAUCACGAAUCUUGCCACUGAUCCGAAGACCCAUAUAUCAAAAACAGAAUCUUGUAAAUUGCCUGGAGGUAAUGUAGUUUUAAUGUUAUGACCCAGGAAGGCACCCUGUCUCUUCCCAUUUGUCUUUCUGGACUCUGUGCCCAUUUCUGAGGGACUCCCCAUGUGCUGCCAUUGAGAGGACUGAGUCACUCCACUGUCCCUGUGGGACACUGCACACUGUGGAGCACACUCUUGGAGACAAAGCUGCUACAGCCACGUGGCUGCAUGACAGCCCAGCAGCGUGGCCAUGGGAAAUCCAAGCCGCCUUGCUGUGCUCUGGGAUUGAGGUUCACCUGACUGUGAAGUGCCAGCUCCUCUAGCUGCUUGAAAUGUCCUUUAUUGACAUGCCUGUGUUCCCGGAGUAUAAGGGCAAAAAGAGUCCUCCCUCAUCCUCAAAGCUACCCAGACAUUUUCCAACUGCUAAUAACCACUGAGAAGCUGUUAUGUUUGACAUAGUCUGCUGGAGAAAACCAAUGCUUCCAGGACAGCUGUCUGCCACCCCCAGUCUCUGCAGCACAAUGGCAUGGGGUUUGGCUCAUGGAAGUACAGUGACAUUUGCAGAGUUUUUUAUUGCUGUUUCUCACCAUAUUAUAAAUUUAUUAAUACAGUAAAACAAGGUGAAAGCCCUGGACAUUCAUUUGCUUUAUAAUGCUUGUUUUGCAUUAAAAUAAAUAGCUGCUAGUAAUGCUCAUACUGUGCAGACUUGCACAGUGUAACUGUAGAUGUAGAGAGAAUGUGCUGGAAAUAUAUCCUCUUCCAGUAACACAGUGACAGAAGGGAUAAAGGAAUAAGCAAAAGCGUAUCAUAAACAUCCAGUACAGUAUGUGCUGUGCUUGAUCUGAACUCAAACGUACGUUUUUAAUGAAUAAAAUACCCAUGUCUAUUUGCACUAUUUACACAGUAAGUUACCCACAUGUAACAGUCUUCCUGUUUGUCCAGAAAGGUACACUGCUUUUUAAUACAGGAAGAGUCCUAGCAACUUGGUGUAUAUUUGCUUUGUCUGUUGAAAUUCUUGUAUUUUUCCAGUGCAGUAGUCAUAUUUUUUUGCAUAGCUGCUAAUGUUUAAAUAUUCGUUCUGUUCCUUAUGUCUUAUUUUAUUUAAUUCAAUAACUUGUAACCUUGGAUUUAUAAUAUCCUUACUGUAUUAAAAGGACGUGGCUAUUUGCAUGACAUACAUUGUUUUCAGUCUCCCUAAACAUAUCUUGCUCUAUCAGCACUGAAAUUAGGCUCUGUCCAGCUUCAGCCAGGAAAAAUCCCAAAUAAUUCCGGACAGCUCAGAAGUGUCAAAGUGUGGAAGUGGUGCUUUAUGGCUGCAGCCCCUCUUCCAGGGGCUCACAGCUGCUCUGGAAGCAGAAGCAUCGACCAAACCCCUGUGCGCAGCCACAGGUUUUCACCAAUAGCACCAGCAAAAGCAAAAACCCUCAGGCUUGUGAUGGCGUGGGUGUGUGUACAUUAAAGCAGAGUCUCAUAUAGGUUGCAUCCUCAGAGAUGCUUCAGUAAUGCUUCAGUAAUCCUGAUAAAUAUGCAGCCAACAGAAACAAAGCAGUCUUUUGUCAGCACAUUCAUUCCACUGUAGCUUUUUCUCAUAAACGUUAUAAGCUAAUUCAUGUCAAAUACGUGGGUUACUUUAUUCCAGGUAUGCAUCUGGGCAGAUGAUGAAGC